AUGGAUGAUCUAUUCCUGAAGGGCUUGUUGCAAGUAUGUGAUUCUUGCAUGUCUCUUCAUGAACCCACUACACAGAUUUUUACUGAAAGUCUUCUAUGUUCAAGCCUGCUGGAGAAUAUCCAUUUAGCUGGGCAAAUGAUGCAUUGCAAUGUUUGGUCAAUAGAUCCGCCUGUUUCUAAAGGAAAAAUACAAUACAGAAUCAGCUAUGAGAAAAGCAUUGAAUUAGUUUUGGCUGCUAGCAGAGAAUAUUUCAAUUCUUCAACCAGUCUGACUGACACUUGCAUGGAUUUGGCCAGAUCCUGCUUACAGCUCAUUACAGACUGUCCAUCUGUUAUUCAAGAAGAACUAGAUCUCAUUCGUUCUCUCAGUUACUUCGAUGAAUUUGGUGUGAAAAUUUUACCAUUACAAGUGCGCUUGUGUUCUGAUCGACUCAGCCUUAUCAAGGAAUGUCUCUCUCGGCUGCCCACGAACUAUAAGCAAUCUGCCAAGCUUUUGGGACUUGCAAAUUUGCUGAAGGUUGCAGGUAAUAUCAAACAUGAUUUCCUAAUUUGUGCUGGUUUAUCCAUGGCAGGAUACUGUAAAAGCUGGGAGGUUUGUAGCCAGUUAGGACAAUCAGAAGGCUAUCAAGACAUGGAGGUUCGGCAACAGCUCCUGGCCUAUGCUUUGACAUACUGUCCCCCAAGUGCCAUAGAAAUGCUAUUGGCAGCAAGCAAUAUUCUACAGACUGAGGUUCUUUAUAACACAGUCAACUAUCAAAUACGACCAUCUGAAAAGGGAGAAAAUGUAAAUAUUUCCCGAUCAUCAAUUGGAAUGAAAUUAGAGUGUCCUCCUGAGGCGGAUAACAGCUUUUCCUCUAGUCAGUCUGCUGAUCUCCUGCAGUGGACUACAGCUAAAACCAUGAAGGUCCUUUCUAACACAACUCUGACCACGAAGGCUGUGUUGCAUGCUGUCAGUGAUCGACAGUGGUGGAAAAAGUCAAUAGCUUAUCUUCGACCGUUGCAUGGUCAAGAGUUUGGAGAUGUAUUAAAAAACACAUCUGGAGCAAAUGCAGCCAUUGAAAAACAAGGGUGUCAUCCAUUUUAUGAAACUCUGAUUGACAAUCCAUAUCUUUCAGAUAAUGAAAUAACUUAUACCAUGUAUGAGCACGCUCCUUUGGAAAGCUUUGCAGAAGUAUUGUUGAGAACAGGAAAGCUUGCAGAAACUAAAAGUGAAGGACAUGAUCUGUUUCCUGCUACAGAAGCCAAUUUUCCACAAGGUGAUAUUAAAACUUCCAGAAUUGCUAGGCAGCAUGCUCACACUUUAAUUCUAAAAGCAGUCACUUUAGCUUAUACAGAGAGUACCAAAGGAGGUGUCCAUUUUAGGUCUUGCGACAUGAUCGAACCUAGAAAUUUGAAGGUCUCUGCUGUUGAUACUGUAUUGUCUAGUAUUGCUGACCCCAAGGAUAUAAUUCAGAUGGUCACAAAGCAUGUUACCAACUCCAGCUAUGCGGACUGGCCAGAAGAAAUAGCAAUUCUGAUUAAACAUCUUCAGUACUAUAAUGAACGACUCUUGGAUUUCACCCAGGCUCAAAUUCUUCAAGGCCUUGGCAAAGGAGUGGAUGUCCAAAGGUUUACAGCAGAUGGUCAAUACAAGAGAGAAACCAUAUUAGGUUUGGCAGAUUUGUCCACAGUUGCAAUAGAAGACCGGGCAAAAAGUCUUGGCCUAUUUGAGACUCUGAAAACUGUUCCAAAAGCCUUUCAUGAGCAUAUGACCAAAUAUGUAUAUCCUAUCAUUGAAGGAAAGGAUCAUCAGCGCUUACUCUACUAUUUCACACUUCUUGAGAACUGUGUUUGCUCUGAAUUUGUGAAAGAUGCCAUCAAACUUGAAACUCACAUACGACUUCUGAAAAAAUUCAAGGCAGUUGCACCAGGUCUUAAUUAUAAAAAACUAACGGAAGAAAACGCAGACCCUCUGGAAGCUUUGGAUCCUAUCCUCACAUGUCAAAAUAUUCUGCCGAUUUCCAAGCUUGCUCCUAAAAUCCCAGGAAAAGAUGGGAGGUUACUGUCUCCUAGCUCUGUCUAUGCUGCCUGGAUUAAAAAAUUGUUCUGGAACGGGGAUUCCCAUCUGAUUAAAAGGGUUCCAGAAACCCCACCAGAAUGGCUUCAUGCUUACGACGUUUGUGCCAAAUACUUCGAUAGACUUUACCCAGGAGAUAUUAUCAACUUUCUGGAUGAAAUUACUUUUUCUUCAAAGGCUGUCACCAAACUGUCAGUCGACUCCCGAGUAGAGAUGACAAAGAGAGCCAUAAAGUCGAUGAAACAUUCAGCUGAAAAAGCUGGGAAAAGGGCUUCUGAGGGGGAUCUCACAGAAGGUGCAGUUCACAGGCAAAUCACUUAUGAAGAUGUUUUGAAUCAUCUCCAGCAGUCCCUUGCACACCUGGAAACCCUUAGUCAUAGUUUUAUUUCUUACCUGAAAACCAGUGACCAGAAAAUUCUGCAAGAAUAUGGCUAUCAAUAUGACAUAUCCCGGUCAGAAAAGAAAAGAAUCCACGAACAAGUUGUAACAAUGUGCUUGGAUGGACAACCUUUGAACAUGAUAAAAACAUUACUGGAUGUUGCUGUUGGAGAUUUAGGACUUUCACCCAGGGAUGUUGUUGAGACAGCUCUAAUCAGAGUGAUAGCUGCUUUGAGUGAAGGGAGUGAUCAGCAUUCUUCUCAGAAAGAUCAUUUUCAGAUACUGGAAGACAUCGUUUCUGCUGUCCACGCAAGUGCUGAAAAUGGCGAGAAUAUGGUGUCUUCAGAUGACUUGUUGGCUUGGCUUAGGCCCUACUGUGGAGAUGAUUCUUUACCAGUGAAGCCUCGCAUAAGAGUGCUGCAGAUUUUGGAGCAAGCUUUUCACCUAAGCGACGAGGAUAGCAAACUGCUUAUACUGUUUAGAACACAAGCUGUUCUCAAAGCCUAUUGGCCCCAGACUCAGGUGGAAAUAACAGAGAUUGAAAAUGAAGAAAAAAGAUACUUUCUCUUCAUGAAACUCCUGGAAAAUAGCAGGAAACAUGAAGAAUUCCAGCAUUUAGUGAUGCUCCUGCAAGCUUGGCCUCCUAUGAAAAGCCCAGAUAUAACAUGUUCAAGUAAUAAUCUUUGGGUUAAACUGGGAACAAUGAUGCUUACGAAGUGCCUACAGGAGCAAAAGAAAAGUGUGGGAGAUGAGAUUCUGGCGAUCUGCCGCUCUUUAUACGAGACAAAGCAGAAGCUCUCUGCAGAGGUAAGUCUACCUGACUAGAGUCCUUGUUAGACGGGACCCAGUUUACAUGGACAAUAAACUCGUUAAUAUAUGUAACUAGCCGAUAACCCGGCAUUGGCUAGGUAUUUAUCUAUAGGGGGAAAUUGUCCAGCCCAAACGUAAUUUC